AAAUCUGAGUAAAAUAUGCAAAUCUGAAAGUUUUACUUCGGAUUUGAGUCUUUGUAUUUUUAAGUAAAAAAUCCAAAUAAAUCCAUUCAAAUCCAACAUAAACAAAGGAAACAAGUUUUACUAAUUUCCAGAAAACUUGGUAGGUAGUAUAGAAGAGAGAGAUAUAUGAUUUGAUGUUGUGGCAGUUGUUAAUAUAGAGGGUUUUUUUCGUAUUAACCUGACUUACGGAAGGAUCAAGACUAAUCCCCAUGAAGAUGUUAAUAUAGAGAUGUUUUUGUUGUGUGUUUUUCUUUAUACAUGGCUUCCUCUAUUGCAUUUAGACAUGAUGUAAUUUGAUGAGAGAGAGAGAGAUUUCAGAUCGGUGUUUUUAUUCUGCGUAAGCUUUUUUUAUUUCUUUUUGGAAGGUUUCAUGUACAAUAUAUUGAACUUUUUUGAAUCUAUGUGGAGUGUAGAGGGGCAGAUGCCCACCAUGAUCUUUUAAAAUUAGUGUAUUUUAGCACAAAAGUAAUGCCCCUGUUUAUUUGCAUUGCAUUGUUAAGGUCCUGGUUGCAGCUUUUAUAGUAAACCCACUUAUUGUAAGCCAAGCCUUCUUGUAAAAUUUAGCUUUAAAUUGUCCAUCAAGAUAAUCAGUAGUUGCUACAGCUUAGAAAACAAGAUAAACAUCAUAUGACAAGUUGAUUUUGGAAAUUGAAUUCUCAAUUUUUUUUUUUAAUUGAAUGUUAAAUUUAUUCUCAAUUUCAUGUAGCAUAUUCAUACAGAUAUGGUUGAGAAGUGGAGACAUGGCAGCAGAGGUCACUGGAACCUUUGUGAUGUAAGUCUUAAUGCAGAAGCAGUUUUGUCACAUGCUUCUCUCUAUACACUACUAUAUAAUGCAGAAGCAAAACUCACAAACAAAAGCUACAAGAGAAAGAAAAGGAACACAUAACACGCUUUGCAGUUUUGUCAAGUCAACCUGUAAGGAAAUGAGAAUCAUCAACUACUUUGAAGCGAGCAAUGUAAUGGUCUUCUUGUGAUCCACUUCCUCAAACUUUAUAAAUCAUUUAAAUUUAAACCUUUUUUCCUAGUUAAUUGUGUACGUUUAGACUGUUUAGUGAUUCUAAUUAACUCAGAUAUGCCGACAAAAGAAAACUAACUCAGAUAUAAUAAUUAUUAUUAUCAAAUUUGAUCGAACUUAAUGUAUAACAGGUGAAUCUGAAAAGAACAGAAACUGAAGGGUAAAAUGUUGGAAGAAGAGAAAAAGAGGGACCAAAUUGUAAAACAUCGGCGCGCGAGAGUUUCGGCUUCAAACGAAUUCUCAUCCUCCCAUCUCACGACAACACAGAACACAAAGUCUCUCUAUCUCUCUCUCUUUCUUCCAGAAAAACUCGAAAUCUCUUAGAAACCAAGUUUGGAUCUCUGCAAUCACCAUCAUCAUCACCUCUCUCUUUCUCCAUUUCAAGAUUAUAUCAAACAUUUCACCGUCUCUGUUAUUUAGGUUUGAGGAGAUCGUUGAAGAGAGGUGAAUCAAUAAAAUAAAAAUAAAAAUGGCAGAUAAACCGGUUCUUCAAAAACCACCAGGUUACAGAGAUUCAAACAUGGCCACUCCUUCUCCUCCUCCCCCUCUCAGACCACAGCAACAACCACCACCCAUGCGAAAAACCGCCGGAAUGCCUUCUUCUUUCCGACCAAAGCGAAAACGCGGAAGCUGUUGUCGUACCUGCUGCUGUUGCGUCUGCAUUACUCUCGUCCUCAUCAUCUUCCUCCUCUUAGUCGCAACCGCCGUUUUCUACCUCUGGUUCGAUCCCAAGCUCCCCAUUUUCAGCCUCGCCUCUUUCCGCCUCGACGGAUUCAAACUCUCCGACGAUCCCGACGGCGCGUCUCUCUCCGCAACCGCCGUGGCCCGCGUGGAGAUGAGGAAUCCCAACACCAAACUCGUUUUCUACUACGGAAACACCGCCGUGGAGAUGAGCGUUGGCAACGGAAACGACGAGACGGGGAUGGGAGAGACCACGAUCAACGGGUUCCGACAAGGUCCGAAGAACUCGACGAGCGUGAAAGUGGAGACGUCGGUGAAGAACCAGCUCCUGGACAGAGGAUUGGCUAAGAGACUCUCGGCCAAGUUUCAGAGCAAAGAUUUGGUUAUGAAUGUUGUGGCCAAGACGAAAGUUGGAUUAGGUGUCGGCGGGAUUAAGAUCGGAAUGCUCGCCGUUAAUUUGAGAUGCGGCGGCGUUAGCUUGAACAAGCUUGAUACUGAUUCACCUAAAUGCAUCCUCAAUACACUCAAAUGGGUGAAUAUACAGUAAUGAGGAAGUGAGAAUUUGAAAAUGGUGGUGAUCUAACAUUGUAUGAAUAUAUGUAACUAUAUUGUAGAUAAAUAUAUAUAUAUUUUUGGUCAACAGAUAAAUAUAUAUAUACCUUUACUAUAUUCUUUUUUGAUCAAAUUACUAUAUUCUAUUUUCGUGUUUUAUAUAUUUAAUGUUUGGGUAUUUGACUACAUUGAGAUGGAGGAGCAUAUAGAGAGUGAUGUGUUAUAUUUUCGUGUGAUAGAUUUUUUGUUGGUGUAAUAUUUUGUUGUGAGCUUGGGAGGAAAACAUAUGCAAUGUGAUGAGUAUUUUUUUAAAUGAUAACAACUUGGUUACAAAGCAUAGUAAGGGUAUAUAGAUAGCAAGCUUGUUCUCCAAUCAUCCAUCUUGGUAUGUAUAACUCAGCCUUUGUGGCGUAUGAAUGGUUAAAUUCAAAAACACUAGUCA